AGGCAGUAGCCUCCCUGGGGAAAUUUGGAAGCGCUUUAAGCUCCCAGUCGGACGUCUAACUCUUGGGUUCUAAGAACUUGAAGAUGUGGAUGCAAACUGAGUUUGGAAUGUUUUUUCUCAUUAUUCGACUACCAGGACCAUUGCUGACAGAGUACUAUUUAAAUCUAAUGCUUUUUUUUUUUUUUAAUGCUGUGGAGCGCGCUGGGGAGGGGUGGGGGGAGUAUUGCAGUAGGGUAUAAGUUAGAGCACUGGGGGAAUUGGACUGGUCAGUAGUCAAUUCCAGCAUCCUCAGAGCGGGACAGCACAUCGUUAUUAUAGAUAUAUACUCCCCCCCCAACCCCCACGACUUUGUGUACAGUAACCGGAUCCCGAGUCAGCCACUAGAGCUUUUUUUUUUUUUUUUCUUAAAUACAACGCGGCUUCUGGCUAGUUCUGGCUAGUUAUGGGAAAUGCCGAAGGCUACUUUCAAAACUUCUAGCUACUACGAAUUUUAAAUCUGCAGUACCAAAAUAUAUGUGUUUUCCCCUUCCUUCUGCUUGAUACUUGAUGCAAUAAGGUAGAAUCUUUUGUUUAUUUCAAUGCUGAGGGCUCAGGGAAAGAGUGAACAUUUUUAGUCAGUUGCUUUAGUCUCUGCCCCUUGAAGAGAAGAAAUACUCCCUUUGGAGAAGAUCUCCGAGGCCUUUCUUCCCUGUAUUGUGAAAUCUUAGACAGCUGUGUAUGUGUCAGGGGUGUUUUACUGGUUUUCUGAUGGCAUAAAACAAUAUAUUCUGGUGCUGUGUUUAUUCAUGGUGUUAAGUAUCUACCCUUGGAAAUCAACUUCUCUUUAGUGGUGGUUCAUGUACUGAGUGACAGACUCAUUCUCUCAAGCUAGCAUGUAUUACACACAAGCAUUUAUCCUGGCUUAGAUACCUAAAAAUUACAGAUAAGCUCCGAGAUUGGGCCUCUAUCACUAGGAACCUGAAUAUCUGAAGAUAAACUACAACUCGCUCACAGCUGAGAUUUGUUUUUCAAACGGCCAGGGCUUUUGUUUAGGUCUCUGAGAUAUGCUCAGAGAAGACAGUUAAAUAUAAGAUCCUAAGAUUUCUCUGCUGGCAUGCUUAGGAAGAACAUGGACCUGCUAGCAUUUCUUACUGGAGCCUGCAGCAUAUUGGCCCCCAUCUAAGAAUGCCCCGUAAGUGCCCUUUCUGAGGAGUAUUUCUGUGAUACUCGACAAUGUGGAAGGGAUACUGUGAUGUCUCCAUCACCAGGCAUCUGGUUAAUUUGAUUUAGAUCUGUGGGCAUUUUGCCACCCCACCCCCCCUUUGACGCCCUCUAAUAGUACCUGCACCAUCUGGUCAUGCCUCCCUUGGUUUGAUGGAUUUGAAAGAUGGCUGUGACGUCAGCCUCAGUCCUUAGAGUGAGGGCAACUUAAAAAAUCCAGAAGACUUCAUUCAGUUCACUGGCUUGCUGCACAGGAAGGCUCUGUCCAGUAACUACUGUGGGUAGCUAAGUGGGACCUCUGAGGAGGGGGAGCUCAGCUUUCUUCUUGGCCAACCAUGAGGUUCUUUCUGCUUUGGUUCUGCGUGCUGUUCCUUCUGGUCUCCAGGUUAUGGGCAGUCAGCUUCCCAGAAGAUGAUGAGCCCCUUAACACGGUCGACUAUCACUAUUCAAGGCAAUAUCCGGUUUUUAGAGGACGCCCUUCAGGCAACGAAUCACAGCAUAGGCUGGACUUUCAGCUGAUGUUGAAAAUUCGAGACACACUUUAUAUUGCUGGCAGGGAUCAAGUCUAUACAGUGAACUUAAAUGAAAUCCCCCAAACAGAGGUGCUGCCAAGCAAGAAGCUGACGUGGAGGUCCAGACAGCAGGAUCGAGAAAACUGUGCUAUGAAAGGCAAGCAUAAAGAUGAAUGCCACAACUUCAUCAAAGUCUUUGUCCCAAGAAAUGAUGAGAUGGUUUUUGUCUGUGGCACCAAUGCUUUCAACCCAAUGUGCAGAUACUAUAGGUUGAGUACCUUGGAGUAUGAUGGGGAAGAAAUUAGCGGCCUGGCACGAUGCCCGUUUGAUGCCCGACAAACCAAUGUUGCUCUCUUUGCUGAUGGGAAACUCUAUUCUGCCACAGUGGCUGAUUUCCUGGCCAGUGAUGCUGUCAUUUACAGAAGCAUGGGCGAUGGAUCUGCCCUUCGCACAAUAAAAUAUGAUUCCAAAUGGAUCAAAGAACCACACUUCCUUCAUGCCAUAGAAUAUGGAAACUAUGUCUAUUUCUUCUUUAGAGAAAUCGCCGUGGAACAUAAUAACCUAGGCAAGGCUGUGUAUUCCCGAGUGGCUCGAAUUUGUAAAAACGACAUGGGUGGCUCCCAGCGGGUCCUGGAGAAACACUGGACUUCCUUCCUAAAAGCUCGGCUUAACUGCUCAGUUCCUGGAGAUUCCUUUUUCUACUUCGAUGUGCUGCAGUCUAUAACAGACAUAAUCCAAAUCAAUGGCAUCCCCACUGUGGUUGGGGUCUUCACCACACAGCUCAACAGCAUUCCUGGUUCUGCAGUCUGUGCCUUCAGCAUGGAUGACAUUGAGAAAGUGUUCAAGGGGCGGUUCAAAGAACAGAAAACCCCAGACUCUGUUUGGACAGCGGUUCCUGAAGAUAAAGUACCAAAACCAAGGCCUGGCUGCUGUGCCAAACACGGCCUCGCGGAAGCUUACAAGACCUCCAUUGACUUUCCAGAUGAUACGCUGUCUUUCAUCAAGUCCCAUCCGCUGAUGGACUCUGCUGUCCCACCCAUUGCUGAUGAGCCCUGGUUCACAAAGACACGGGUCAGGUACAGGUUGACAGCCAUCGAAGUGGACCGUUCAGCGGGGCCAUACCAAAACUACACAGUCAUCUUUGUUGGCUCUGAAGCCGGUGUGGUGCUUAAAGUUUUGGCAAAGACCAGCCCUUUCUCUUUGAAUGACAGUGUAUUACUCGAAGAGAUUGAAGCUUACAAUCCAGCCAAGUGCAGCGCCGAGAGCGAGGAGGACAGAAAGGUCGUCUCAUUACAGCUGGACAAGGAUCAUCAUGCUUUAUAUGUGGCCUUCUCUAGCUGCGUGGUCCGCAUCCCCCUCAGCCGCUGCGAGCGCUACGGAUCCUGUAAAAAGUCUUGUAUUGCAUCACGGGACCCAUACUGUGGUUGGUUAAGCCAGGGAGUUUGUGAGAGAGUGACCCUAGGGAUGCUGCUGUUAACUGAAGACUUCUUUGCUUUCCAUAACCACAGCGCUGGAGGAUAUGAGCAGGACACGGAGUACGGCAACACGGCCCACCUAGGGGACUGCCACGAAAGUUUGCCUACUUCAACUACACCAGAUUACAAAAUAUUUGGCGGUCCAACAUCUGACAUGGAGGCACCCUCAUCUUCUGUUACCACUGUGGCAAGUAGCCCAGAAAUUACAUCUAAAGUGAUUGAUACCUGGAGACCUAAACUGACGAGCUCCCGGAAAUUUGUAGUUCAAGAUGACCCAAACACUUCUGAUUUUACUGAUACUAUAUCAGGUAUCCCGAAGGGCGUGCGGUGGGAAGUCCAGUCUGGAGAUUCCAACCAGAUGGUCCAUAUGAAUGUCCUCAUCACCUGUGUGUUUGCCGCCUUUGUUUUGGGUGCGUUCAUUGCAGGAGUGGCUGUAUACUGUUAUCGUGACAUGUUUGUUCGGAAGAACAGGAAGAUCCACAAAGACGCAGAAUCUGCCCAAUCCUGCACAGACUCCAGCGGAAGCUUUGCCAAGCUCAAUGGUCUCUUUGACAGUCCUGUCAAGGAAUACCAGCAGAACAUUGAUUCUCCUAAACUCUACAGCAACCUGCUGACCAGUCGGAAGGAGCUGCCACCUAACACGGAUACAAAAUCCAUGGCCAUGGACCAUCGAGGCCAGCCUCCAGAGCUGGCUGCACUGCCCACACCAGAAUCCACACCCGUACUCCACCAGAAGACCCUGCAGGCCAUGAAGAGCCACUCUGAGAAGGCCCACAGCCAUGGAGCUUCAAGGAAAGAACACCCCCAGUUUUUUCCUUCGAGUCCUCCACCCCAUUCCCCAUUAAGUCACGGGCAUAUCCCCAGUGCCAUUGUUCUUCCGAACGCCACUCACGACUACAAUACAUCCUUCUCAAACUCCAAUGCCCACAAAGCUGAAAAGAAGCUGCAGAACAUUGAUCACCCUCUUACAAAGUCAUCCAGUAAGAGGGAGCACCGACGUUCUGUGGAUUCCAGAAAUACCCUCAACGAUCUCUUGAAGCAUCUAAAUGACCCAAACAGUAACCCCAAAGCCAUCAUGGGAGAAAUCCAUAUGGCCCAUCAAACCCUCAUGCUGGACCCAGUGGGACCAAUGUCUGAGGUCCCACCCAAGGUCCCUAACCGGGAGGCAUCUCUAUACUCCCCUCCUUCAACACUCCCCAGAAAUAGUCCAACCAAGAGAGUAGAUGUCCCCACCACUCCUGGGGUCCCAAUGACUUCUCUGGAAAGACAAAGGGGUUAUCACAAAAAUUCCUCCCAGAGGCACUCUAUAUCUGCUGUGCCUAAAAACUUAAACUCACCAAAUGGUGUUUUGUUAUCUAGACAACCGAGUAUGAACCGUGGAGGAUAUAUGGCCACCCCAACAGGGGCAAAGGUGGACUAUAUUCAGGGGACACCGGUGAGUGUUCAUCUGCAGCCCUCCCUCUCCAGACAGAGCAGCUACACCAGUAAUGGCACCCUACCCAGGACGGGACUAAAGAGGACACCAUCCUUAAAACCUGAUGUGCCACCAAAGCCUUCCUUUGUCCCUCAAACCACAUCCGUCAGACCACUGAACAAAUACACUUACUAGGCCUCAAGUGUGCUCUUCCUGUGUGGCUUUAUCCUGUCCCUGCUGUUGCGAGGAAGCUGUGAGGGUACCUUCAGACAAGAUACCUGCUUGUAUUUUAAGAGAAACAAGUAGCCAAAGAAACUCUGUCACUUUGGUAACACCAGAACUUGCCACAUGUAGCUACUACAGCAAGCCUUCUGUGUACUUGCCGGAAACAAAGGGAGAUCCUGCUCAUUCCAUUUCUUUCGUUUGAAGCUGAAGGGAUGUGUAGCCUGGAAGGGCUCCCUUCACCAGUAUAAAGAGCUGAUACCGUACUCAGAAGAUUGAACAAAUACUUGAAAAUGGGUUCAACGUAGACUGCCAUUCUGUGUGGUCUUCCCAUUAAAUGUGAACAUUUUAAUAUGUAUGCAUUCACCUUGCCUCUUGCACAAAUGUCAAAAUGGAAAGAUGGGAAUGUCUCAAAACAAAAUGAGCUUGGAGAUUACCAAGCAGUUUGCUGAAAAUUCAAUCUUUGACCCAAACUGUAGCAUUUUUUUUUCCCGAGUGUGGCACUGUUUGGUUUUUUUUUUUCCAAUGCCACCAACAAACUGUGUUAAGAGAGGGGUGUGCGAGUGUGUAAGUGAGUGUUCGUGUGUGUGUGUGUGUGUGAGAGAGAGAGAGAGAGAGACAGAGAAAGAGAGAGAGAGAGAGAGAGAGAGAGAGAGAGAGACUUACCCUUUAGGAUUGAUUUAGGUGCCCAUUGCAUCUUUUGUACUUUGGGGUUGUUUACAGUAGGGCAUGACUGAACAAGAACUAGCAUCCUCCUACACGGGUCCAUCAUGUUCAGCUCCUAUAAGGAAUAGUCAAGGCUUCUUUGACUGUCAAGUGAUUAACAUAACCUAUGUGGUACCCAGUGUCAGAACAUUUAAGCGUUCUAAGUAAUUUUGUGCUGCUAUCCAUCAGAACGCCUAUUCCAGCCUUGCCAGCUUAAGAAGUUAGAGAAAUUAAGAGGUAUCCUUGAUGUAUCUACCAGUAUUCAGUAGUAACAUUUACCUGUCCACUGUGAAUCAAAGCCUGAGGCACGCUACUCAACCUUGGACACGCUUACAGGCAUUUAUUUCGAUUGUGUUAUUUUAUUUUCCAUACAGUAAAAAUUUUCCUCUUUUAACUCCUCCUACCCCCACCCCCUAAGGCGAAAGAGAAACCAAAAGUAGGACAAAAGGAAGAGACAGACAGAGAAGGACAGAAGGAAUUACACUUGGCUUAGCAGGGAGGGUCUGUAACGCUCUCAGUGAUCCUCCCUCCUCCGUGUUGUGUUCCGUGAGGAUUUUUCUCCCGAGUCAUGCAGGCAAUGACAGUGAACUGUAAAUACCACAUGUGAGUUUACCUGGAUCUGUGCAUUUUGUGCCUUAUUCACGCGAGUGGUAGAAGUCCCGCAGUCUGUUGAGUGUUUCCACUACAGAGCACCAUUUCCCGUGUGCCACUUGUAAAUGUUUUGCAGCCAGCACCUGAAGACCUCUUAUACAGUCAUAAAGCAACCUAGAGCGAUUUGUUGUUGAACAAUGCCGCCCCCCCUCCCUCCAGGAUCAGAAGCAGCACCCACCCUUGCCAUGAUAAACAUUCCACCCCUGCUGUUCUGAGAAUGUAAAGUCAGAAGAGGGUUCCCAGGGAACGUGGCACCUGCGGAAACCAUGUCUAGAGUCAUUUCUAUGUAGCUUGGCAGAGCCCACUGAUGGCUGAAGGUGUGUAGCCUACUGAGAGCUUUGGUGAACCCACUGCACAUCACCCAGUCAUUUACCCAACCUAAUCUAGAAAUGUCCACAGCCGAGGAGGGCUCCUGAGCCAGUCAGGCAGAGUUCAGGCGAUAUCUUGGGACAGUGACAAUGAUAGGCAUUACUUAUGGGGAGGAUGGGGUAUAAAACACCAGAUCAUUUUUAUACAGGAUGUAGAAUAUUGACGCGGUUGAUCUUUUCCUUCAAGAACAUUCUUUUCUAUAGAAAAAUGAUUCCCUGUGAUCUUCUUGGAAACUCCAAAGCUGGAAAUACUUCCGCUUUGCAACUAAAAAUAUUACAGUUUAAUAAUCAAUUAAACCAACCAACAGUAAGCACUACACAUCUGCCACCAACAACGUUGUUUGCAUUUACCUUACCAAUAUUAAUCCCAGCGUGGUAACUCUGUGUGACCCCCCCAAUAACAUUUUGUAACAUUGUGCUGCCUUAGAGUUUGUACUGUGAGUUCUAUCAGUAUUUAUGUUGAAAUUUCUAACAUGGAUUCUAGUCUCUAUUCUGUUAAUUUAAUUUUAAAUGCUUUAUCCAUUUGUGCAAAGGUAAACACAGAUUGUAUCUUUUUUAAUGGUACGGCAUAAAAAAAAAAAUAACCCUAAAGUGAAGUGGCUCUAUACUGUUUUAUAGAGUACUUUAACGUGUAUAGAUAUCUUGUAAACUUGUAUUGUGGAUGUGUAAAUAAUAUGUACUUUGGGUUUUUAACACCGCAUGUAAAGUCAAAAUAAAAUAUCCAAGUCAUUACAUCCUG